AUGGAAGAAAUUAUGAAAGUAUUAAAAACUAUUCAAGAUGAUAUUAAAAUACAAAAAAUUGAAAUAACAAAUAUAAAAGAAGCAAUAGUUGAAGAAAUUAAUUCAAACAUAAAUAAAAAAAUUGAAAAUUUAGAAAGGAAAACCCAGGGCCUGGAGAAAGUGAUUGAGGAGCAAAAAACUAUUAUAGACAAAAUGGAAAAUCAAUUAAAACGAAGAAAUGUAAUAAUUUUUGGUCUUGAAGAAAAAGAAAAACAAUAUAAAGAGCUAGAAGAAAAAAUUAUUUCAAUUAUUAACACUAGUAUGAAAAUUCCUUGUGAAAAAAGAGAUAUUGAAUAUGUUAAGAGAAUUGGAGUAAAAAAAGAUGGGAAAAUUAGACCGGUUCUAAUAACAACAAACACCAUGGGGCUUAAAAUAGACAUAUUAAGAAAUAGUAAAUAUUUAAAGGAAAGAGGACUUUAUAUAAAAGAAGACUACACUCAAAAAGUUUUACAAAGAAGGAAAGAGCUACAGGAAGAAUACAGAAGUAGAAAACAAAAGGGUGAAAAAAUAGUAAUGAGAAGAGACAAAAUAGUUACGUUAUAUACCAAACAGGAAAAUAAUUUAUUUACUAAGGAAUACAACCACACAAACACUAAUAAAAGAAAACCUAUUUUUUCCCCGGAAACUGAAAAAACACCAAAAAGAAAUAUAUUAAAUACAGCAAAAAAGAAUAAAACAUUAGAGUCAUAUUUAGUAUCUCCAUCUACUUCAAAUUUAGCACAAAAU